AUGAUUAAAUAUUGCACCAGACUAAUGAGAAUUUGCUAUAGAAUACCGAUAUAUAGAUUUUGCAAAGAAAAAUUCGAAAUAUCAGAUGAGGAUAUUGAAAAAUUAAAGCUCUUGUAUUCUUAAAAAGAGAACUACGAACAAUUUAUAAAAUAAAAAGAGUGUAAUAUUAUCAUAACAAAAUCAUAGAAAUUUUAGAAGAUGUUUUUAAAGAGAGAGAAUAAUUGAUAUCAUUUAAAUUGAUGUAAAUGAGUGACAUUAAUUAAGUGUUUGAUUUUUAUUCUAAGGAAAUAGCUAAAUAAUUAGACGAUAAAAGUCCAUAAGCUCCAUUUACUGCAAAUGAAUUGAGUUUAUUUCUCUAUUUUACUAGUUGCUUAAGAAAUGAAGUUUAUGCUGAAUAAAUGAAAAAUCAUACCGACAGAUUUUAAUAAAUUGCAUCCAAAAUCGUAUUGGAAAUAAAUAGAUUAGAUCCAGAAUAAUUUUGUGCUUUUGUUUGGGCUUUGUCUACUUAUUAAAUUGAAAUGGGGGAUUUAAAUCUUAAUGAUUCAAAAUAGUUCAUAAUUAAAUAAUAAGCAGAAAUUAUUUUAGAAAAAAUACCUCCUGAUACACUACCUUCUUUAGCAUUCUCUUUGUAUCAUAUUAUAAAAGAUUAAUCAGAGUUAAUAUUGAAGAUCUCAAAACUAACUCAAAAAAAUAUUACAAUACAAACUCCUAGUAAUUUGAUUACUUUAGUAAAAAGUUUACCAAAAGGUUCAUUUACAAACUCUAGGCUCAUUUUUGAUUAAUUAUCAGAUUAAUUUCAAUAAGAUUUAUUAACUUAAGAUUAAUUCAUAAAUGUAUUAGUAGAAUUAAUGAGAAUUACCAAUCACGAAAAUACAGAAUAUGUUAAAAACAUGGUAGAUUUAUUAACUACUAAGAUUGAAUCAGCAUAAAAACAUAAUUUAAAUAUUUCUAUGUAAAAAGUGAUUGAUUUGAUACUUUCUUGUACAUAAUUAGAAUAGUAAGAGGGAGAAUAAUUAAUUAAAUAAAUGUUAAGAAUUUGUCAUGCAAAAAGUGAAAAGUUGAACAUCUCAGAAUAUAUUUAAUUGCUUUUGGCUGUUGCAAAAAUUAAAAAUAAUAAUUAUGAAUCUAUUAAUUUGGAAAAAACCAUUAAAAUUCUUAUCGAAUUAGCACAUAAAUCUCAAGUUUUUACUUUAAAAGAUUUUGAAUGUAAAUAUUAUUAAAUAAGCCUAAAUAGAAUAAGAAUUAGUUUAAGUUAUAGUAGGAGCUGCAGCCCUCAGGAUAGAUAAUAAAGAAUUUAUUAAAAAUGUAAUUACUAAAAUUGAUCCUUUGUUAUUACAUAAAUAAGACUUGUUAUUAUUAGCAAAGUCUUUUGUAAUUUAUGUUCGAUUAUUUGAGGUAGAAUUAUUAAAAAUCCAUUCAGUUUGUGCAAAAAAAAAGCAUGAAUUUAGUGUUUUAGAUUAAGCUUAAUUAUCAAAAACUUUUAAUAGGAUUAAAGUGUUAAUUCCAGAUUCACCCUUUUUAAAAUGA